AUGAGCCAGCAUCGACAAAGCAGCCAGGACCAUGACGGGGUUGGCCCUGGUCCGACAGACAUUUCACGAACCAUGUCUGUCGAGUCCAAUACUCACUCAGCUCACCCAGAGCCACCAAACAGUGGCCUCCGUCACAGCAUCGAGCCUGUACGUGGACCAGGCUCCGCCGGAAACGCGGGCAUGUUUAGCAUCCCCGAGUUUUCACGCCCUCCCUCCGACUAUGAGUCUUCCAAUGGUUCCGGAACGCAAUUCGAGGACCGGAACCGGUACUUCCAUUCGCGAAGAGUCAAGCCUGGUGAGAUUGAGAAGCCAUGGCUGGAAAAGACCAACCCCAAGGAGAAGUGGGUGACAAUUCUCCCAAUCCUGGCCAUCAUUCUCGGUCUUGUCGGCUCUGGGUUUCUCGUCUGGGACGGCAUAAGAAGUGUUGUGAAAAACACUUACUGCCCUGUCCUGGAUGAAGACUUUAGUGGAGGCUUGGAUCCAAAGAUUUGGACCAAGGAAGUUGAAGUUGGUGGUUACGGUAACGGACAGUUCGAACAAACAACCAACACCGAUGAGAAUGUCUAUGUCGACAACGGCAACCUCAUCAUCAAGGCCACGCUCCAGAAUGCAAAGUUGAUGGAAAAGAACAACGUCAUCAAUCUCUUCAAGGACGGCAGUUGUACCUCCAAGGUCUGGUCGAAUUGUAUUGCUUCAACCAACUUGACUGCGGGAAACAACAGUGUCGUCCCCCCAGUCAAGUCUGGUCGCAUCAACACCAAGAAGGGAGCCACCAUCAAGUACGGCCGAAUCGAAGUGACAGCCAAGCUUCCCGAGGGCGACUGGUUAUGGCCUGCCAUCUGGAUGUUGCCCGCCAAGAGCGCCUACGGCCCCUGGCCUAGAUCCGGCGAGAUUGACAUCAUUGAGUCGCGUGGAAACAACUGGACAUACGCUCAAGGCGGAAACGACAUUGUCGGCUCUGCCCUGCACUGGGGUCCCAACUCUGCCAACGACGGUUGGUGGAAGACCAACAACAAGCGAAAAGCCCUCCACACUACGUACAGUGCUGGCUUCAACAUGUUUGGUCUAGAGUGGUCUCAGAAGUACCUGUUUACGUACGUCAACACCCGCCUGCUCCAGGUCACCUACACCAACUUCAAGAAGCCUAUGUGGAAGCGCGGCGGGUUUCCCGACGUCGACCAGAAUGGCACUCGACUCACUGACCCCUGGUCCGCCUCGGGCGAGCUCAAUGCACCGUUUGAUCAGGAGUUCUACCUGAUCCUCAACGUUGCUGUCGGCGCCACCAAUGGCUGGUUCGAGGAUGGCAAGUCUGGAAAGCCAUGGUACGACAACUCGCCGACAGCCAAGAGAGACUUCUGGGAGGCCCGUGGCGAGUGGUAUCCUACUUGGAAGCAGCCCCAAAUGGAGGUCAGCCGUGUUGUUAUUAUGCAGCAGUGUAACGGCGACGAGGAGUUGUAA